UUAUAAACCAAUGGGAAGCCAACGAGUCAUUCAUUGAGUGAGCGAUUGUGUCAUUCAAUUGUUGAACACAUCUUAUGUUUACGUUUUUUCCGAUGUGAAGACAUUCAAGUGAUUGUUAUUGUCGUCGUUGUUGGUGUUGUUGUUGUUGAAGACAUUCAAAAAAACGACAAACAUUUGUUUCGUUUGUUUUUUGUUUUUAUUUCAUUUGUUUUAUUUGGUUAAACACCUAAAAAAAAACCUCAAAACUUCAAAAAUAAUCAAUGGCUGCAUAUCAGACACUACUGCAAGACUAUCUGGCAAUGCCGGCCGUCACUCGGGCCUACACUACCGCCUGUGUAUUGACCACCGUUGCUGUCCAACUUGACAUCAUAUCGCCGUUUCAACUGUACUUUAAUCCGGUACUCAUUUUCCGCAACUAUCAGUUAUGGCGAUUAGUGACCACUUUCCUGUUUUUCGGUUCAUUUGGAUUCACAUUUCUAUUUAAUCUGAUCUUCACCUAUCGAUACUGUCGUAUGUUAGAAGAAGGAUCAUUUAGGGCGCGUACCGCCGACUUCUUCUACAUGUUUGUCUUCGGCGCCAUUCUUAUGAUUAUAAUCGCAUUCUUCGUCAAUCUGUUAUUCUUGGGCCACGCAUUCACCAUAAUGUUGGUCUAUGUCUGGUCCCGACGUAAUCCAUACGUACGGAUGAACUUCUUCGGUUUGCUCAACUUUCAGGCUCCUUACCUGCCGUGGGUUUUGCUGGCCUUUUCGCUACUACUCGGCAACGCCAUACUGGUCGACCUGAUGGGCAUUGCCGUCGGACACGUCUACUACUUCCUGGAGGAUGUAUUUCCCAAUCAGAGGGGCGGCUUCAGGAUAUUAGAAACACCGAAGAUUAUAAAAUUCUUAUUUGAAUCACAAGAGGAACCAUUGGCUGAGGAAAGGCCCGAGAGAUUCAAUUUUGACGAUAAUAGACAACAACAAUGAUUGACAUAUUAUAUACG